ACCUAUUUAUAUCUAACUUAUCAUGUGAGUGAAAGUCAGGUGAUACUGGUUCAAAAAUCAGAUUUUCAUUUUAUCCACGAACACAAAAGUAAAAAAAAUAUUAAUAACUACAAUGGCUUCCAAUUCUGAAGGUUCAGAAUCAAAUUCAUCUAAACAACCUGACAUUACAAGUGAUCGGAAUAAGCCAGGCCAGAUGUAUGAUACAGUAACAAGUUCAUCACACCAGUUGGUCCCUGGAUAUCGACCAAGUGGAAUCGGCAAGUCUGAUCCUAACCAAGUCAUCAGAGUGAAGAGUAGUAAGAUGUACAGUGUGAAUGUUAAGGGUGAUUCAGAAACAUGCUGGAUAUUAGGUAUAUGUGCAACAGCUACUGGAGAAUUCAUUAUCACAGACCGUGGAAACAAUAAAGUUAAGCUGCUGGAUCAGACCUACAAGGUGGUGGCACAAUGUAACUUGUCUGAUGUACCAAACUGCAUGUGCAGCAUUGACUUCAGUUUGGUGGCUGUUGCUCUGAAAAACAAUAGUGUUCACUUCAUUAGAGUGACAAAUGGUCGGCUGGUACAUGACAGGAGACUGAAGCUCCAACAUACCUGCAAUGGUAUUGCCCAUCACCAGGACAACCUGUACAUUGCAUCGGACACAGCCCUGUACCAAUAUAGUGUGGAUGGACGACUGGUUAGCAAGAUGUAUGAAGAUUUAUCAGGUUUCAGUACAGUUUCCACCUGUGCAGUGAGUCCAGAUGGAGACAGGAUAUAUGUGCUUAACUUGACCAGUGGCCAGCUAAUGACACUGUCAAGGGAUGGCAAAGUUCUCUCCAAUCUCCAACUCUACAAUCUGACUGACGGACUGAAACUGAAAGCCAAAAUUGUCUUCGCUGUGGGCAGAAUUAUCCCAUCUUGCAUCCAUGUGACAGACUCGGAACAAGUUCUGGUAUGUGAAUCAAUUGCCAAUACGAUCAUCCAGGUGGACAAAGAUGAGAGACAUAGACUGGUAGAGGUGAUCUCAGGGGAGAAUUUGAGACAUCCAACAACUAUUUAUUACAAUAAACAUUCAGGAACUCUGAUUGUGGGAAUCUGUGAUAAUAAUAACAUUUUGGUGUCAGCCACACAAUAAGUUUUUGAAAUGUUGAUAUAAAGUCAAACCUUAGAAAAGCGGUCAGUCGAUGGAAAAAGCCAAAGCGACUGUUAUUGACAGAUGACCAUUGUUCUCAGGUGACCACUUUUUAGACUGUUGGUCAGUUGGUAGUACUGCUAGGUCGUUAUCCAACCCAGUCGUUUGCACACAGUGUAAUGUAAACAAAGACUGAUUGCCCAUAAUUAAGUAUACUAACCCAAAUUAUCUCUAUUAAAUAAUUAAAAAUUAAUAUCUUGAUAUAAAUUCAUAACUAUUAUUUAAUGAGUUUAUCUACGAUAAUAUUGUUGUUUACUGAUGCAUCGUUCUUGUUCAUUCAGUAAAUUAUUUCUAUUAAGUAAUAUAAAUUAAUAUCUUAUAAAUUGAUUUAAAUUCAUCCUUUCUAUUAAACUAAUUAGUUUAUCAACGAUAGUAUUGUUGUUUAUUCAUGCAUCUUGUUCAUUCAGUAUCUCCAACAGUUCUUAUAAUGCACAAACCUAUGCUAGCAUCUGACAAGUGCCCGUCUUGAAUCAGAGGUAGGGGACGUCAGGCCUUAGAAAAGAUUUCAUGAACAAAUUUUCUCACAAGUUAUUUGGUCGGGCGAAGGAUUGAACCUGGGAUCCUAGGAUUUGGUUUGACAGGAUUGUACUAACAUUGAUAGUAUCUAUGGGAAUCAUUUUGCUGGAGAUAAUUUUGUAUGUGAUACUUGAUGUUAUAAGUUUAUUUAUAAUUUUGUAGUUCAUAAUUUUGGUGUUUUGUUUUUUGUUAUAAAGAUUUUAAUAAAUACUGUCAUAUUGAA